UUGACGACGAACAAUCAUUUGACGAUUCUUCAAGUUAUUGGUCACUGAAAUUGCCAUGACGUCCCAACAAUAUUUUCUCUCAAUUUCUUCUUUGGGUUCCUGUUGAUUCGCCGCCGAGGUUACAUUUUUCUUCUCCGGUUCUUUCAUUCUACCGCAUGAAUCUUCCAUUGGCCUAAAUUAGUACCAAAAUUCACGACUGGAUUUCAUGGUGUGCACAGGGAAGAUGAUAAUUCUAUAACGCUUCUAUGAUUUCUGACGCAUGUGUUUGACUUCGGACCUCGAUCGUUAUUUAGAUUGCAAAUCUGCGCUUUUCCAUUUCGAUGAUACCUGUAAAUAUUACCUUCUUCUGGAAUUUGAUUGCACUCUGUUCUGAUUCGUGUUCUUUUCUUCUUCCUUGGAUUUGAGUGUCUUUUUGGUUGCGUUCAGGUUAAAUUUGCUUUGGAGAGUGAAAUUUAUGGCUGCGUUUUGUUAUAAACAAAGAAUAGGUUUGUCUUUUUAGGGUUUUUGUGGUUUGGAUUUGGGAUAAAUUGUAUCUGCUUUUGCAAGAGAUGAAAAAUGAAGUUUGGAGAUGGGGAAUCGGUUUGUUUUACAUAUUUUUGGUUGCAACCAUAUGGAUAGCUGCUAGUUUCGUGGUUCAAUCCGUUGUUGAUGAAGGUGUUUCACCCUUCCUUGUUACAUACAUCUGCAAUUCAUUGUUUGUUAUUUACAUCCCCAUUGUUGAAAUUGCACGCUUCUUGGAGGAUAAGUAUGGAAGUUUGUUGUUUUGGAAACACAAAAACUUUGAUGCAUUACAAGAAUUGAGGGAGGAACCAGAGCAGGCCAUACUUCUUGGAGAAACCGAUCUUGUUACAAAUGUUGAUCAUUACAAUCCCUCCCUGCAUAUGCAUUUGGAAGAUGGACGACCAAUUUUGAAGGGAGAAAGUAUACUUUCAGAGACAGGAUACUCAUCUCACGACAAACAAGUGGAUGAAAAAGGGCGUUGGACACGCAUGAGAGUAGCGAAAGUUAGCUUAUUGAUAUGCCCUUUUUGGUUCCUUGCUCAGCUCACUUUUAAUCUAUCAUUGAAGUAUACUACUGUUACAUCGAAUACUAUCCUUAGCAGUGCUUCCAGCCUCUUUACAUUUUUGGUUUCUCUAGCAUUCUUGGGUGAGAAGUUUACAUGGGUGAAGCUUGCCAGUGUUCUCCUUUGUAUGGGAGGCACAAUAAUUGUCAGCCUGGGGGACUCGCAAUCUGAGACGACGUUGAAGACUUCUUCAAAUCCUCUACUUGGUGACGUUCUUUCGCUUGUCUCAGCAGGUUUAUAUGCUGUAUACAUUACCCUUAUUCGCAAGAAACUGCCGGAUGAUGAUGAGACAACUGGCAAAGCUAGUAUGGCACAAUUUCUUGGGUUCCUUGGGCUUUUCAACCUUGUUAUUUUCCUUCCUGUUGCCCUUAUAAUCAAAUUCGCCCAAGUGGAACCAUUUCACUUGCGGACUUGGAAGGAAGUCGGCAUGAUUGUUGCUAAAGGAUUGUUGGAUAAUGUGCUGAGUGAUUACUUGUGGGCAAAAGCCGUUCUUCUAACCACGACAACAGUAGCAACAGCUGGUCUCACAAUUCAAGUUCCAUUAGCUGCCAUUGUCGAUUCGAUAACAGGCAAUGCCCCACAUCUCAUGGAUUACCUCGGCGCGGUGGCUGUCAUGAUCGGUUUCAUUGGCAUCAACAUUCCAACUGAUGCAUUCAGCUGUUCCAAAGACGCGUCAAUCGAAUUGCCAAGUGAGAGUGUAAUUUCUGAUGAUCAUGAUCACAGUGCAUCAGUUAGGCAAGAAUCGGCUAGCGUUUCAUAGUGUAUGCAAAAGCUGGUUCCUAUUAGCCAUUUUACACCUACAGGUUGAGAUCAAAUCUGCAAAAACACACCACACACAGAUAGAAGAACGUCGAGUAGGAACGACAGAGGAUCUUGGAGUAAUAGCUCCUCUAAAAGAUUAUCAUUCUUUUUUCCAGAUUCAUAAAUAUGUUAUACCAACAGAUCAAAGCAUACUCAAAAAGGGUUUUCUGCACAUACAGGAUGGAAGUAAAUAUAGCUGUCGAGUAGGAGUUUUUCAUCUCUGAAAGAAAAUAGCCAAUUGCUUAACUAUGUUAUGGUAAAUGGAUGGUUUGGUGUUGAUAUAGUUUCUUUAUCACUUAUUUGCUUUGA